AUGACCACGGCGUUGCGGUUCGUGUCAGGAUCCUGGGGCCAGACGGCUCAGGCGGCGGCCGGCGUCGUCUGUGGGAAAGGGUUCGUGCAGGGCAUCGUGACGUACACGGUGAUGGACGACCUCAGCGUGAACCCCAUGUCAUCCAUCUCCAGCAUCGCGCUGCUCAACGCCUUCGCCGUCAAGGACCUCGGCGCGCUCCAGGAGAAGACCGUGCAGCUCGGCUACAAGGAGGGUCUGGCGAUUCUCAGGGCGUCGCUGCAGUCCAAGACCGUCCUCACCGACGUCUUCCUCGCCAAGACGCAACUCCCAGGCCGCGCUUGA